UACACUCCUCAUACGUCAGACAGGAAACGCACACACACAGCUAAUUUAGCCCGCCAGAAAAAAAGUCAACAUCAAAACAUCAACAUCCAUCCAAUGGUCAAAAUAAAAGAUCUCCCUGAAGAAGUAUUGAUACUCAUCUUCAGUUACCUAAAGCUCCGGGAACGAAAGAUAGCGGCCCGCGUUUCCCGGCAAUGGAAUCGACUGACAUUCAUCGACCGGCCCAUGAGGGCCGUAGUUCUUCAUGUGGUCGACUACUUGAACCAGAAGGAGCGGAAAAUCUUGCUGAAGAGCAACCGGUGCUAUCGGAACCUCUCCCUGGAAUGGACCGAGGCGUCCAGUGUUCCAUUUCUGAUAGAGGUCAUCGAUAAAUUUGGCGAGGAGCUUCAUUCACUGAAAUUGUCCACCUACGUCAUAACUCCUCCGAUUCUAGUUGGAUUCCUACUGAAGGCACCCAACCUGAGGCAGCUCAUUGUAGAGGGAAGCGUCUGUAACGAGGAUUUUGUUAUGGCUCUGCCUGCAUUUAAACAGAUCAAAGCGUUGGAAAUGACGCAGCGAGGAUUUGAGAGCGAACUGUGCGAUGUGAUUCCUCGGAUGUUUCCUAGUUUAGUUUCGUUAGAUUUGGUGGGCGCUGAGGAUGCGGCCAUCGAUUUGAUUAUUUCCUAUGGAAAGCAGCUCAAGUAUUUGCACGUCCUAUUGGAGUUUUCGCAGUUCCGACGAUUCUCCAAUUUGAAUUGCCUGGCUGGACUUGAGAGGAUGCAUGUAUCGUGGCCACAGCCAAGCGAUUUCAGACAGGUUUUCAGUGUGUUCGAGCAAAUGGAAUCGAUUCAGAGUGCCUCACUUACCGGUCCGGUAAAUGAAGCUACGUUCGAUCUCAUCUGCAGCCGGUGGAAAAACAUAACUAGUCUAUGUGUGAAUGUUCAAUCUCUUAAAGCUGCCAGCUUCAGCAACAUAACUGCUUUUAGGAAGUUAAAAAUCCUUAAACUUCAAGGAUCAAUUAGAGAUAACAACUUCCUUAAAGAUAUACAACUGCCAACAGUUACUCAUUUGAUUCUGGAUGGAAUCUCCACGAACAAUGGGUUCUACAAUCACAUGUCGACAUUUGUCCCAAACCUUUGGAUGCUGAAAAUCUACGAUCAUACAUUCGAAAAUGCUCAACUACGAUUAAUUACUAAAACAAUGACUUCGCUGCGAGUGCUUUCGCUGGAUUAUUGUUACCAAAUCAAAGACGAAGGAUUUCAGCUGCUGAAUAAUCUCACCAACCUUCUGGAACUUCGCUGCUGGUCCAUUUCCAUUUCGGAAAACGCAUUCAUUCGUUUUCCCAAGUGCCCCAAUCUGCGAACGUUUAGCGUUGGUGGUAGUGGCUGGGUACCAUAUAUAACCAACAAAACGGUGCUGGAUAUUCCGACAGCUUUCCCAAAUCUGAGGGAACUCCAGGUGGUGGACUGUUUCAAGGUGGAGGGGGAUACGAUCUAUACGCUGCAGGAGCGUAUGCGGAAGUGCGCUGUCGUUCGGUUGGCCAAGCCUGAUUUGGAUCGGGAACUGGAGGCCGUCUGGGGCUGGAAUGAUUGUGAUAAGUGACGUGCCGUUGGAAGCAAUAUUUGUCUCGUUUGAAUCUAUCAGCUACAUGUCGAUAAUGUCCAUUAUAUCCCUUUGACCAAACCAUAAUUUCACGUAAAAGACAUAACUGUGUCCAAAUCUACUACUUAUCUACAUUAAACUCAAUUUUACUAAAGACAUUUUCUGUUUUUUUAUAAGUUUGUAUAUAACACUAUGUUAUACGUAAAGUAUACAAGCAUUACUAGAAUAUAUAAAUUUAAUUGCUCAUUCCAAUCUUA